AUGACAGCCUUGAGUCGCUUUCUCGAAGCUAUGCCUGACUCAGUAGGGCUGAAGACCGCAUUUGGCGGUCAUCACGAAACGCAGCGCAUGGAGGCCAUCAGACCCAAUCUGCAGAAAGUCCGACAGGCAUGGCAAUCCAACGAUGAGUAUCGACUUAUGAUGGAGAGAGUCCGGCGACACAUACAACCAUCGUUACUGCCAGAUGAGACCCAGCAGAUCUUCUUGAGGCUCCUAGGAGGCUUUCGCGACUAUGGAGACAUUGACAACCAGCGGCCGGAGAAGCCGCCCGUGGAGCAGCUCGACGCCAUAGAGCUCUAUACAUCCGUCGCCGGAUUUAAUUCUCUCUACAGUCUGAUCUGCAAGGCGAUGCGAAAUGAGAAGGCGGCCGACGAGGUCCUGGAGUCUGCCAUAGUCAUGGUUGAGCUGCUAACAAUUGAUCUUUACAACCUCCGCCUAACAAACAUUGGACAUCCCCGGUACGCCAAUUUCGAGGGCGUCACGUACAGAGGCCUAAAGGUCACGGAGGACGAGAUGAGCGAGUAUAAGGCCAUCAUGGAUCGUGAAGACCGCUCCCGUCGGAAUUUCUCCACCCCUCUGGGCCUGCUAUCCAGCUCGACCGACAAGAAGGUCAUGGACGAAUUCUCGAAGCAGGAGUCGCAGCAGCAGGGAGCCAGUAGCGGCGACCGGCGACGCAUCCGCGUCCAUCUCACGAUUCACAUCCACGGUAUGGAUCCGAGACUACUGCAGGAGUAUCAGGCUCGCUAUCCGGACAGCGUCGUGACCUCGAUAUGCGCAAUGCCCGUUGCGCACGUGUCCUCGGAGGGAGAGAAGGAAAUCUUGCUGCGAGGCCCAUUCUUCCAUCUUAUCGCGACGAAGGAACUCGAGAACGAAGGAGAGACUUACUAUGAGCUCCUCGUGGUUAUGAUGAAUACUAACCGGGAUCAUGGUCUGGAGCAUGCCUCGAAUCAAGGAUGCAAGGAGCGACAACGGAGGUGCUUUCUUCACGCAGUGUCUGCUUCCAAGUUUGACGUCUGCGCUGGUCUGGCGGAUAAGCUCGGACGACUCGAUGACGCCGUGGAGUACAGAAAUCUGAGACAGAAGGCGCUUGACGAGCUCCGAUGUACGCAUAACAUAGACGUUGAGCUGGACGACAGUCUGGCGAAGACGCGGUCAAAGGACAUGGCCACCUGGUUUGGCGGUGCCCUGAAGUCGAGCUACCCACACCACUACGCCUCACGGCGAGUGGCCUGGCAGGAGGCUAUCAGGCGAGAAGAUUGGGUAGAGGCUGAAAAGAUUAUCGAGACGGAGUACGAUUUUCAGAAGAGAGAAUGGUUUAAUGUUGGCAACCUGACUGAUCAAGGCGAAAAUCUGCUCUACGAUCACUUGACAUUUCUCCACAUCCUAGCCAUCAAGUCAUGUCCCGAGGUUGAUGACACCGAGCAGCGAGAAGAGACCGUGAGAUCAUUUGACAAAGACCGUCACACGGCCUUUCAGCUGGCAAAGAUGCACGCUAACGAAGGACUCAUCUCCCGUUUGCAGCCACGGAUUAUCCAUGCUAUCCAACCCGAGGUGCUUGACGGACUCGAGAAGCGCCUACAUCAUUUGAUGGAAGAUAGGUUGGGAGAAUUCCUCGAUAAGCAUGCGUUCCAUAUGCCUCAGCUAUCAGUAUUGACAGAGAUGGAGAUCCCUGACCUGUGGAUCCCCAUCCCAUUGAUGUACGGGAAGAACCAGUAUGAAUCACGGCUAAGCCCCAUGCAAUCAUCCAAGCACUACCAGAAAAUUGUCCACGAACAAGCAAAGGUCUUGGCCGCCGGUGACGACAUUGCGGCCAUUGAAAAUGGCUUGAAAUGCUUUCACAACCUCAAGAAGUAA